GAGCUUGUUAUCUCCUUACCACGUACUUUCUCUGGUGACACAAAGGGACUGUAGAUGCCGAAAUCUGUGUCGGCAUACAAGAAUUUGGAGCAGGCAGCAUCUACAGAGGAAAAAUAGACAGUAGAUGUUUCUGGUCGAGAACUUCCAUCAGGACUGGAGAAAGAAAGGAGAUAGACAGCUUUAAAAAAAAGGUAGAGGAAGGGGUGUAGCAAGAGUUGAUAGGUGACAGGUAAAUCCAAAUGAGGCGGCGAUAAGCAGAUGAUGGAGGAGAAGUCGGAAUGGUGGCAGAACUGGAAGGUGAUAAUAUGCCCAUCAUUCACACAGUUGUCCCAUUUUCCCCACCUCCCUCUCCUACCAGAUUCCAUCACCUUCAGCACUUUGUCACUUCCGCCUACCACAUCUCAGCUUCUGACUUUGCUUCCACUCUCUGCUCCCCCAUUUGCACCUCACCCUUCCUCAUCUGGGUCCACCUAUCACUGCCAGAUCUCCCUCCAUCCUUCCCCUCCAACUCUUUGUAUUGGCUAUCUCCUCUCUUUCUUUCCAGUUCUGAUGAAGGGUCUUGACCUACAAAAUUGAUUGCCAAUUUCCUUUUGCAUAGAUGCUGCCUGACCCGCACCUCCCUCCAGCUUUUUGUGUGUUUUUCCAUCUUUCUCUCCUCUUGCUCACUUCUGUAAACCAAUUUCUGUAAAUCAGUUUAGUCUACUCAGUGAGUAACUGCAUGUGGUUUCCUGCAGCUCUGUAGGUACUUUAUUCUUGUCACAUAUACCCUCUCACGCUGAAAAGCUUUGUUUCCCGUGCCGUUGCAUUACAAGGCAGAACAGUAGCAGAAUGAAGAAUAAAAUGGAGUAGUUACAGAGAAAGGACAAUAAGGUGCAAGGCCAUUAACAAGGAAAAUAUCUAGGAUCUGUGGGUCCUGGCAGCUUCACUGAGGUAGCCAGAAGUAUAGACAGAGUCCGGGGAGCCAAAUGCAUUUAAGUCCUAGUGUAUUCAUCCAGAAGGCAUAAUCCCCUCCAUCAGCCUCUGCUCCAUUCUCCCUCCCCCUACUUCCCCUUUAUGUGAGCACCAUAGAGGCAGAAACAGACCUUUAACCACCCCCACUGAAUUGGGCCCUAGCGCAGCAGUGUAUCUCCUUUUUGACACAAGAGGUACUGCAGGUGCUGGAAAUCUCGAGCAAGACCCACCUGGACAGGCGCAGCAGGUCGGGCAGCAUCUAUGGGUGGGAGUAAACAGACGACGUUUCCUCUGGUUCAGUGUGCAUGAUAAAAUGCAGGCUUGCUGUCGCCUUUUUUUUUCAUUGUUUAGUCUGUAUACCGGUCAAGCUGCCGAAGAUAUUGCUCUUUAACGUGAAAUAUUUAAGAAAAUCCUAACUUUUUAAUUUAAAAAGGUGGAGGAGAGAGUACUGGUAGUGGUAGUACGGGUUUGCAAGCUCCCGAGCACUGUAAAAAUACAAUAGAACCGUGUCUCUUUUACUAUUUGUGGAUCUCCCCAAGUGUUUCUUUGGCCACGUAUUAGUUAUUCUAUGGCGCUAUUAAUUAAUUCCGUGACGUGUUUCAAACAUAGAUGAAAAGGGAAGGUAUCCUACAGAGACAAGUAAUUCUUUUGGUCCACUCUCCUUCCCACACGUCCGCGUUACCAUCAAACGUGAGUGAUGAUGCAAAGUAGCGAAAGGCCAAAUAAAAAACAAUCCUCGAUUACAAAGAGUAAGCGUGUCCGCAACUAAUGUCGACGCAUUGAGUUAUUAAAACCCAGUUGUGUCUCUAUUUUUCAUAUCUUCGCGCUGCGAUUCCAUUGCAUCCAAGCAAACGCGCCAUUACACAGAUCUGAGGUUUGAAACGGAUAUAUUCACGCUGGGACAAGGAAGAUAAAAGCUCUGCGUAAUGUUGACGUGUGGUAGGCCACGACUUUUUACGCACAGUGAUGGAGUGUGUAAGAAAACAGGAAGUGAUUUGUACUGGCAGUGGGGGAAAAACGUUUUAAACUGCCCGUCCUCUAGGGGAGAUCUGGGGCAACCCCAGGCGCUCUACCCUCCGCCCCCGCUGAUUUCCAUAGCAACGCCCCAUAUGCCUAUGUGCCCGGGAAUCCCAGCACGUCACUCAGUCAGGCCGGUCAACAGAGAACAUCGGAGUAUGUCCCAGACGCCGAGAGGAACGGCGGGGUGAGCUUGUUUCCGAGCAGCCCGCUGAGCUGAUGGUACCUGCCGACCCCUUAUGCUUAGCACGGACGGCCGGGAGCGACAGAAGGCGAUGGAUUCCAUGUUGACCGAGAGCAUCCAGAACGCAAGCUUGGAACUGCUUCUGGAACAGAUGGACGACAUGAUGGAUGCGCUGGAAGUGCUCUUCCCGCUGGAGGAGUGCACGGCGCUAUACCAGCAGAAUCUCCUGGGGCUGACCCAGGGCUCCGAUGAACUAGAGCGGGGUCUUCGAGAGGAGGGAGGCGGGGACAGUCUUCAAUCGAACUUGCUCGCCACUGUCAGAUAUGGGACGGUGGAGGACUUACUUAACUUCACUAAUCAGGUGACAAGCACUUCCCAUAGUCUCAAACGGGACAGAAACUACCAGGCAGGAGUCAUGUUGAAUAAGACGGCAAUAACUAUCAACAAUGGGCAUUAUUGGGUCAACACUGAUGUCUCCUUGUUUCCAUGGAAAUUCGCCCAUAGAAAUAUCGGGCCUGGCUACAUCCCUCGAGGUACUUUUGGAAAGUGCCACCUUGCACAAGAUGAGAAGACAAAAAAGCGUAUGGCAUGCAAAUUGAUACCGAUGGAAUACUUCAAACCUGCCGACAUUAAGAUCCAAGCACGGUUCCGGCAUGAGAACAUUGCAGAAUUGUAUGGGGCCUUACUCUGGAAUGAGACCAUACACCUCUUCAUGGAGGCAGGAGAGGGAGGUUCCGUCCUGGAAAAACUGGAAAGCUGUGGGCCAAUGAAAGAAUAUGAAAUCAUAUGGUUGACUAAACAUGUCCUCAAAGCCCUUGACUUCCUACAUUCCAAAAGAGUGAUCCAUCAUGACAUUAAACCCAGCAACAUAGUUCUCAUGUCAACCAAAGCAGUGCUGGUAGAUUUUGGACUCACUGUACAGAUGACUGAAGAAAUCUACAUUCCCAGAGAUAUUCGAGGGACAGAGUUUUAUAUGAGUCCAGAAGUUAUUACCUGCAGAGGACAUUCAACAAAAUCAGACAUCUACAGUCUUGGUUCUACGAUUAUCCACAUGCAGACUGGAAAUCCGCCCUGGGUGAAGAGAUACCCUAGAUCAGCUUACCCAUCAUAUCUGUACAUUAUUCACAAACAGGCUCCGCCGUUAGAAGAUAUUGCAGGGGAUUGCAGCUCGACCAUGAGGCAAUUCAUUGAGGCUGCAUUGGAGAGAAAUCCAAAGGAGCGCUGGUCUGCAGCGGAGCUGUUGAAGCACGAAGCACUGAGCCAACCAGCCGAAGAUCAGCCACGCUGCCAGAGCCUCGACUCAGCACUCUUUGAGCUAAGUCGUACCUUCAGGAGAAAAGAGCUGGAGCUGCCUGAGCAAAUUUGUGAUAAUUCCAUGUGCAGCACAGAAGAAUCAACUGUGGGAAAACGGAACCGCUCUCUUUACAUAGACUUUGGUGCCUUGGCUGGAUAUUUCAACAUAAUCAGAGGUCCUCCAGGAUCAGAAUAUGGCUGACUUUUCUCCAAAAGCUCCGAGUGGCCCCUGGUCUCGUCAGGCUUGAAAAUAUUGUAAACCGCUAGAGGAAACAGCAACGGGCUGCAGUUGUGUGGAUUGAGAAGAGUAAGCAGGAGGGUGGACAAGGGUAGUUGUGACAGCGUGCGGGGGUCACAGAUUCUUUUUACUCAUUCUGAUAGCAGCAUUAAGGGAAGAAAUAUUGCAGAGAUGUAUUUUAUCACAAAUAUAUUUUGUUUAGCAAAACAUCCGUGGUGUGAAUGGAGGACAGUGCCAGGAAGACGAAUUUUUGCUCAGUUUUCUGCAGCUACUUUAUUAUCCUUUGCUGCAGCUGGUGGUUUGAACGGUGCAUCGUUACUCCUGCUCGUUCUCUUUGUUUUCAGUGAUGAUCGCUGUUUAAUGUAUUUCUCUAAUGAAAAAUUACUGAAGAUGAUGAAAGUCUUAUCAAAAUACACGUGUUCCUAUGGAAACAAGAGCAUGUACAUAAUGAAUGCCAUGCAGCCAAAUGAAUUGCACACAAGGUGUGUUGUGGGUUCGCAGUGACCUAGUAGCCCUGUAAAGGUUUUGAGCUGAUAGUUCUAGUAUACCCUAUGGGAGGGGUUAGCCUCUGCUUCAUUGAGCAACUAAUUAAGGAAUAGUGCAAAUACUUCAUGUGUUAACCUUAUGCUCUGCAUUUUAGUCACAUUACUUCAUUAGCUGCUAAAAUGAAAAUAAAUGAAACUUCAAGAUAGUUCUCUAUAUUCUAAGCGUAACAUUUCAAUGUGUUGUAACUUCUAGUGUGCUGUUAUUAGUUGUUAACUUUAAUGAUGUGUGUUGUAUAAUACAAGUUAAUUUGUUGCAAAACAAAAGCUGUGAGAAUGUGUGCAGCUGGGUUAAGCUAACAUUAUGUACUGUACUGAUGCCUGCAAUAUUCAAAUCAAUAUAUCUCUCCGAUAAGUACUCUCUUUUACGAUAUUUGCCCUGAUAUCUAGUGGCUUGGAUUGAGCUAGAGAUUAUUGGAGAUCAAAUUCCAUUAAAAAGGAGAUAACGAGCUGGUGUUAGUAAACUGCCUUGGAAAUUAUUGAGCUGUUGCAAAGACAAGCCAGUUCUUAACAGAAAAAAAAUGCCUAGAAAUCAAGUUUCACUCUAGUAUUGUGCACUGAAUGAACAGAUCUGUCCCCACAUUGAAUGUCCAAAGAGUAGCAAAAUUGGAUAAAAAUCCUUUAUAGCAGGUCUUCGGCAUUCGCACACAGAUUCAUGCACUAUAAUGGCAUCAUGAAUAAAAUGUUUCUGUACAUAAAAAUGUACAAUAGCUCAAGUUUCCUGGCCUUUUAUCAAGAUCCAGUUGAUAAUAUACUGUGUUUAUACGUGACUCUAGACACAUUUCUAGCAAGUUUCUCUAAUAAGAUUGUUCAAAAAUGCACCAUCAGUACAUUCUCUGGCAGUUAAUGUAGAGAUUUCAUUAUGCUUAGGACAAAUUCAGCAUCUGAAAAUACACAUUUUUUUAUAAAUUUCCUUCAAGUCCUUUUGUAUAACAAUUGUUGGCCUAUUUUUAAUUGUGGCUUCCUGAAGAUGUAGAUUUGAAUCUUGCAGUCACCCAUAAUGCAUAGGUUGCUUGAGUUUGAGUCCGAGUUUUUGUUUUACAUCUUGUAUCACUGUUUUACGGUCAAAUAAAAAGUGUUAAGAUUCCA